AUGGAGGACCGCAUUCCCGACACCCCUAUACGAAAUAUGACCGCAGCCCGCAGGGCUUUGAAUAAUGAUUAUGAGCCUGCCUCCGAUACCCGUGAGACCCUAGAACAGGAAACAGUCGCCACAAUUCCUCUCAACGGCGAGCACUCUAUCCUUGCACCGACGCAACCAACCCAGCUCUUGACCCAGCCUACCCAAAUAGUUCAGCCUCCAAAUCAUUCGAAGGCCUCCCCUCAGCAUGAUGCCGUAGUUCAAGUUGCUGGCUCAUCUCCUCUUGGGCCUUCAUUACAGGACCUUAGCGAAGACGAUGGCCCUACAUACCGCGGCGGCUCUUCAGAUGAUGAUUUCUCAGCCGUGAGAACUACAGAUAUAAGGCCGUCUACGUUUGCAAAAGCAGCUCCUAGUCCGGAGAAAGAUGGAUAUAUCUCAUCCCCCGUUUCAGCAUCGGGAAACUCUUUGGCCAAAUUUCGUGAAAUCACUGCGGCUGCAUUUUAUAGCCCAGAUGGUACUAAAGGUCAAAAGCGAUCCGCAGAGAAUGCGAACAUAACAAAAACGGGUGCUUCAGAAAUGGUUACUAAACGAAAUCGAACGACACCUCCAGCCCCAGACGAUCACAGCCUUACACUGAACCAAAUAGACGACUUUACCCUAAGAACAAAGGUACAGAGGUUAUACUCGGUAUACCCCAAUAAAUCCGUUCGGUUUUGUUUGGAUACCCUCAUACAGCAUCGGGGAAAUUACCAACAUGCCUUAGAGCACAUUGCGAACUUGGAAGAAAAGAGCUCAGUAAACUUAAUGUCUGAAGAUGAACUGAGUUUAGAUUGUAGCAUACCACGGGUUUCCGCUGUCAAACAGCAGAUUAAAUCCAAAGGUCGAAUUCAGGACAAAUGGACAUCCAGCCAACAACCUAUUAAUUCACACCGAGAGUCAGAAGAUAAACCACAAGCUCCACGCCGGCGUCUAAUACGCGGCUCCAAAUCACGCCAGGAAUCGCCGGCGGACACCGCUGUAUCUGACCAAUCGGUAUCCCGUAAACCCCCUAAAAAGACUGUUGCCCGUGGAAAAGGACGACUAGCUUCACCGAGAAUACCCCUUGAGGAUGAUUACUCUUCGGAUUCAGAGGCCGAAAGUCUAAGUCCUGAUGAUGGAUCACAGGAAGCAAAAGUAUUGGAGUUUUUCAAUAUUUGCUCUCCUGAAGAUCUCUCUGACAUCGCGGAAAUUACUGUUGACGUUGCAAAUGAAUUCAUUUCACAAAGGCCUUUCUCGUCUCUGGCUUCUGCCCGAUGUGUUUCCAUCGAGCAAUCUGAUAUGUCCGAAAAAGCUCCUGGAAACAAGAAGAAAACCUCAAAGAAAGCUUUGGGCGACAAAAUAGUUGACAAAUGCCUAGAUAUGUGGACAGGCUAUGAGGCAGUUGAUGCUCUAGUCGCUGAAUGCGAGGCCCUUGGGAAGCCAAUAGCAACGGAGAUAAAGCGCUGGGGAGUCGACAUAUUCGGAUCAAAACGGGAUGGUGGCGAACUGGAAAUAGUUUCUCUUGACAAGCCUUCCUCGGACGGGAUCCAGGAUUCUGGGAUUGGAAGCCCAUCCAGCCGUUGUUGUGCAAGUGAGGAUGCGGAUGACGUUAGCGAUAAGUCCCGGGGUAGGAAAUUUAUAUCCCAGCCUUCCAUUAUGAGUGACACCAUAACGAUGAAGGAUUACCAAAUUGUGGGAAUCAACUGGCUCAAAUUAAUCUACGACCAAGGCCUCAGUUGUAUCCUUGCUGAUGACAUGGGGCUGGGAAAGACAUGUCAGGUCAUUGCUUUCCUCUCUCACCUCCUUGAAGUUGGAGUUACUGGGCCCCAUCUGGUCGUCGUCCCGGCCUCAACACUUGAGAACUGGCUUCGCGAGUUUUCACUCUUCUGUCCAAAAUUGAAAACAAUGCCAUAUUAUGCAGGGCAAGCGGCUCGAGCAGAAAUUCGAACUGAAAUAGAAGACAACAGAGAGAAUAUCAAUGUUGUCAUUACCACAUAUACCAUUGCGAAAGCGAAGGUGGAUGCGGCCUUUCUUCGAUCCAUGAACUUCAACGUCUGUGUUUACGAUGAAGGCCACAUGCUCAAAAGUAGCAAGUCUCAAUUAUACGAGAAACUUAUUCGCAUACCAGCGCAAUUCCGCCUACUUCUCACGGGCACUCCGCUCCAAAACAAUCUUCAGGAGCUCGCCUCACUGCUUGGAUUCAUUUUACCUUCAGUUUUCAGAGAACGGAAGGAUGAUCUUGAGUACAUAUUUAGGGCCAAGGCUAGAACAGUGGACGAUACACAUUCAGCCUUGCUAUCUGCGCAACGGAUUGCUCGGGCGAAAUCCAUGCUGAUGCCAUUUGUAUUGCGACGAAAGAAGCACCAGGUGAUUGACCUGCCCGCUAAAACUUCCCGUGUUGAGUACUGCGAAAUGAAUGCAUCUCAAAUUGAGAUUUAUCAUAGCGAGAUUGAGUCGGUGAAGCAACAUAUAGCCGACCGAGCGGCGGGGAAGAAAUUGACAAGGAACAAAUCGUCUAAUAUACUCAUGAAACUACGACAGGCAGCAAUUCACCCACUCUUCUCCCGUCGGGUAUAUGAUGACAAGACGCUAAGUCGAAUAUCAAAGGCAUGCUUGAAAGACGAGAAGUGGACACAUUCCGAUCCUGAUCAAAUUUACGUUGAAUUACGCGAAUACAAUGACUUCGAAUGCCAUACUCUCUGUACAGGUAGCCCCGCCGCUCUUGGUAAAUUUGCCCUUAAGAAUAAGGAAUGGAUGAAUUCUGGAAAAGUUGAUAAGCUUUGCGAGCUCCUGGAUAAUUAUAUCGCAAACGGCGACCGGAUUCUAGUUUUCUCCCAGUUUACAAUGGUCAUGGACAUCCUGGAACUGGUUCUCGAGACUCAGAAGAUAAAAUUCUUCCGACUUGACGGGAAAACCAGCGUCGAAGACCGCCAGUCCAUCCUUGAUGCCUUUCAUGAGCAAGUGGACAUCCCGGUGUUCAUGCUGUCAACCAAGGCCGGUGGUGCAGGGAUCAACUUGGCCUGCGCUAACAAAGUGAUAAUAUUCGACUCGAGCUUCAACCCACAGGAAGACAUUCAGGCAGAAAACCGUGCGCACCGCGUCGGCCAGACCCGUGAAGUCGAGGUUGUACGCCUUGUGACAAGAGGGACCAUUGAGGAACAGAUCCAUGCCCUCGGACAAACGAAGCUAGCCCUGGACCAGAGAGUGGCAGGGGAAGAUGGAGGCGCACAGUUCGGCGGAAAACGGGACGAUGAAAGCCUCAAGGCCGUGGAGGAACUGGUCAUGUCGACCCUUGAAUUAGAGCAAGCGCCAGAAGAUAUCUCUUAA